AUGUCUCCAGCAGGCGCCCAUUCUCAGAACAGACAGGACAUUCAGCAUACGGCCGAAAAGACCGUUUCUGCUUCGCGUGGGUGUCUAGAGCCGUGCAUCCGAAAGGUCUUCAAACAUCUCACCUCUACCAAUUUGGCAUUUUCUUCUGACGAGGAGUGUGCUUCCACCACCGCUGAGGGAACUGACGCCGUCUCACAGCCGCCCUCCCAGGAUGUGUUCGUCCCCUUUCCACGCACCUCCGGGGUUCGUAUCUCCCCCUCAGGCCUUAUGGUGGCUUUCGGGCUUCAUCAACCCCUUGUAGAAAUUGUUCAAGCUGCUAGUCCAGUGCCUCUAGCAUCCACUCGCACACCUCGCUCCUUCCACGACUACCUUCAGCUCACAGAGGGCAAGGAACACCUCUUUUGCAAGGCUGCAGACAGGCAACAAAGGUUAUUGCAGACUGGAGAUCAGGCAGUGGGUGAUACUUGUAGCCAGUUAAAAAGGUCGCUGAGUGCGGAUGCUGUCUGUGCUGGUGUUGUUAGAGAGACAAUACCAGGUACUUCCAGUUCCUCCCUAAUGACACAUGGAUCGCCAAAAAAUGCCAAUCGAAGACGCCACUUUUCAGGAAAGACCUCUGGCGAAUCUAGGAAGGUAUCCACUGCCUCUACUGGAAAGGCACCAGUCGUGGGCACCGAGCAGCCUACAAUAGUGAAUCAAAGAACGCAGAUGCGUAGAACAUCCUAUGCCACGCGUUUCACUCCUUUCCAUGCUUCAAAUUCCCUUCGAAAGGCCUCUUUUGAUCGAACUCGUUCUAACGACUUGGGUAGGAGAACCGGGCUGUCAAAUGCAUACUACAGUGAUGAGAGACGUACUAAGAUGGGUGCUCGUAAAAUUUCCGGUUCUCCUAGGCUCUCUCACUUUCUAUCCCUCGGGGACGUCCAGAGCUUGACAAUGAUGGGUUUCGCAAUGGCCGCGAUCGACGCGCAGUCCAGUCCGCCAGCCCUCCUCCUCACUGCGCCAUCGCAAGUCGCCGCUGUAGCUUUGAAGCAACCGCAACGCACCUCCUUCACCUACUUCCGGCCUUGCCCCCUUGAACAACAAAAGAGCCCACUUCGGCGCGCAUUUCAACAGGUGCACCAGUCCGCCACUGGGAUACAGGCAUCGCGAAGAUCCAAGUCGACUGCAAUGCUACCCAACUUAGCUCUUCUGGAAGCUCAUGAACCGCUCACCUUGACGUCUAUGGAGAGGGCAGACGAGCAAUCACAAAGCGCUACUCUCUUCAUUAAAAGGGCGUCUCUGAAACCCACCACGGGAGACUCCACACCCACUCGAACGUCACACCAGGCAACAACUGUCAAAUCCGAUAAAAGUCUUACCGACCAGUCUACAUAUGAGAACGGAACGAGUGUCCCUUCGUACGCGAGGACACGGUCGAGCAGUUGUUCAGUCAAUCCUUUACCUUCGACCGAGAGCAUAACCACGGACCCUUCGGAGUCACCUCAACCUUCUUCACCUGGUACUGCUCCAUGCUACAAGGUCUCCGUUACAACCGAUAUUGCCGGUUCCGAGGUGUUUCGAAGUCGUCAAAGCUCCGAAGAAAUCGCCAACAUCGCUCUCCUUCAGCAGCACUUUCGGGAACAAGUGCUGAUGGACAUUGGUGGGGUUACUGGCGAGGAGCCUCAACAGGACGCUCCUUACACCUCUCACGUUUGGUGA